AAGACCAAGAAACUUUGAUAAAUUUACUGAUACUGUUAAAAUAAAAAAUAUUGUAUGAAAUAUAAAAUUAUAUCUAAAUACCUUAUACAAUGUCUUGUGAAGUUGAGCAAAUAGCAGAUUGCGGAGAUAUAUCAAAUUUAGGACGGGCUCUAUUCGUUACGGAACGUGAAGAUCCAAAUUGGCUGACUCAGUGUUCUCUCUCGUUGUCAUCGUGUGGUAGUCUACUGGCUGUGGGGCACAAGACCCGCCUGUGCUUGCUCACCUCCCAGUGGAUCAGUUCUACAGACAGCAACACAUACUUGGUCUCAUGGAGUGGAACAUUACCAUCUGAUAUUACAACAUUACUAGCAUUACCAAUAUGCCCAUCACAACAGUCAUCACAGAAUGGCCCAGACUGGUUUUGCAUUAUAGUUGGCUUCAAAAAUGGCAGUGUGGGAUUUUAUACCAAUACUGGACAUCUAUUACUCCUGGAAAAACUUGAUGAGAAACCAGUAAUGAAGAUAUCUUGUCAUACUGGAACAUAUGGAACUUUACCAGAUGACAUCCACAUCUUAUUUCCAACAUGUGAAUGUAUUGUAUCUGGAACCAGUUUAUUUCAAACAUUAAGAAAUGCAAAGUCGCAACUAGCUCGAGUUCAAGCUGGUAUUCAAGGUGCGUAUGCUGUUGACAGCAGAAAUAUUAAUAUUAGAAAAUGGGUAUUUACUGAUCAUGAGCCCAUCAAUGAUGCUGAAGUAGUGGGUCUUGAAUUAAAAAAUGCAUAUGAUCACUUAUUAGCUGCCUCAACUUAUGGUGGUUAUGAUACAUGGUAUCGCUCAGUGCCUCCCGUCAACUCCUUGAUACUCGGAGUUGGUGCGAAACCAUAUGUCGGAUUCCAUUACGCACUUGAAGGCGGAACCACACCGCCGCUUCACGAUGUCGCAAGGGCGGUGGCUAACAAAAUCAAAUCCGCAUUACCGGGUUGGCUUGGCGGCAGUAACUCGGAACAAACAGCACAAACUUCAGAGCCGCUUGUUAAGUCCGAGGCACUCACAUUACGCAGUGGGCUGUACGACACUCAAAGACAAGGCUCGUCAGUAGUGAUAUCGCCUGACCGCCGCCUCGCGGCCAUUUCGGACGUCUUCGGGCGCGUCGCCGUGUUAGACGUAAAGAGAGGGCAUUUAAUUAGGCUGUUUAAGGGAUAUAGAGAUGCUCAGUGUGCAUUUGUUCAGAUUUUUGAUGUAGACCACAAAAAACCCCAAAUGUCUGUAGUAAAAGAAAUUAAAAGGGCAAUAUUUUUAAUAAUCUAUAACCCGAAGAAAGGUUUGAUAGACAUAAGAUUAAUGCAAAGAGGCAAUCGAGUAGCGGUAUUCACAGCGACAAAAAAUGGCCAACUCAUUUAUAAUACUUGCGGUUUAGUUGGAGCGGAGAAAAAUUAUACCCAUAAAAGGUUAAACGUGCCCGAGUUUCAGUGCGUCUUAAUUGAUCCUGAUGGCAAGUUGAAAAGGUUCUGUAUACCGUUUUUCUACGCUUUGGACGGCGAGCAUUCGGAAAGGUCUAAGGACUUGCAUACUCUGCGCGAAUUACGUGAUAGUAUAAAGAAAACUUCAACUGUCACUGCUGACUUUGGAGAAGACAUAAUCGCCAGGGCCGCAGAGCUGAAAACGUUACAACUCAAAAAACACUGUUUGGAAAUGUUAAUCAGAAACUAUGGCAUACCAUUGAACAUUGUAAUGUCUUGCUUGAAAAUAUUUUGGGACAGCAUUCAACACGAUAACAUGAAUUCACAGGAAGAAGAAAUUAAAAACUACUUUGUCAAUCUGGGUUUAUUAACUCUGUUUUACCGCAAUAUAAACAGUGAUAAUACUAAUGACAUGGAAGAAUUGCUUUCGGAAAUCUGCAGUUGCUUUGAUUCACAAGAAAAUGUUGAUCCUGAAAUUGCCAAUAUAGAUCAUACGUGCGGUUUCCACCUCUUAGAAGAUGACAAUUGUAUUUUAGAAAGACUUUUGCACUUAGCACAAGAGAGUGAUUACAAGGAACAACAGCAUGCCAGAGUUAAAUUUGCUGAUUCUAGUACUAAUAGCUACAAAGAAUUUAUUUCAUGCUUUACCUUGGACCGAAAUGCCAGUUGCAUCGUUUUAAAGUCGGACGUGCCUGCAGAAAAGCUUAACAGCCUGGCAUCAGACACAUUCAAAGCCAUUUUCAAAAUGAAAGAACUAAAAAUGCUUACUGACUAUGUAAAAAAAAGUAACAUUGACCCAAAAGACAUUGUACAACUCCUGAUUAUGCAUUUAACUAAUAUGCCUUUAGAAGAAAUAACAAUUGAAUUGAUUGAAAAAUUCAUAGAGACGUUGUAUUAUUUGUGUUGUGCUACAGAGCAGGCAAUGUAUAUAACAUACAAUGAAGUGUCGCCGUGGUGGCAAAGUAUACGUGAUAUUUUGGUUGAGAUGUCUUGUCCACUAAGAAGUAUGAUAGUAGCAAUGGCCUGUAAAGCGGUAGGUAGAAUAUUCGAAAGCAAAGAAGAAGCUUGGGAAUCAGUUACAAAAGAAAACGCUAAAUGGGGAAUAUUAAUUGGCAAAUUAGAGGACAUUUCAAUUUUAAGCAUAAUUUUGAUGUUUAAAGAUGAAUUCAAGGGCAAAAAAUUCCCGAAACUACAAUUUGAUGAUUUCAAUAUAAAUUUGAAAUACGUCUAUACUAGAGGUAAAGGUUCUAUAACUGAAUUAAUAGCAAAAUGGCUUUGUGGUAUGGGCGUCCCUCCUGAGGCUGUAGUGGCAAAUGAGUUACUGGAGAUUGAAACAGCUUCUAAUUUUGAUGAGCAUAAAAUUGUUGAUGAGUCCGAUGUUGAUGCAGACGCACCCGAAAAUCUCUUCCUAGAAAAUCAUCGUAAACUAGUUGACGAUAAUCCCAAAAUUUUUAAAUGGUUGUCUUUAUUGCGUCGUCAAUUUCCGCUUAGUACUGUAGCAAACUAUAUCAUUGCUAAUAUGUGUUGGGAGAAUGCGAUCGCCUGGCAAAAGAACAUGCACAAUACUAGUGAAUUACAAGCGGUCGUUUCGUGCUUGACCAAUAUAAGCGACUUACAUAUACGAUUGGGAUUAUUUUCUAUUAUCUGGUCAACGUACGUAAAACACGCAUUUGAAGUUAUUUGCAGACUCGUUAACAAAGUUGGUCGACUCCCAAAAGAUCCUUUAUGUUUGCAAGAUGUCGGCCUUAGUAAUACGAACAUGAUAGCAUUUCUAGAAGUUGUAACAAAUUAUUUGAAUAGUUUUUCUGAAUGUUCGUCUACUUCAAUAAGCGAGGAAAAAAAUAAUAUAAGAUAUGAAAAAAUGUGGGAUGAAAGUACACCUUCUUUGGUAGAAGUUGCUCAAGGUGCAAAAACUGUCAAUUGUGAUAUACUGAACCUAAAUUACCAAAUCGCUUGUACCAUAUACUAUCAAUGUCAUUUCAAUAUAAAAUGUUCGAAGCCUCUUGAUACAUUGUACGACAUAGACUAUCAAUAUAUCAUAGAAGCCCUGGCAGGGAAUACUGUGCACAGAGAAAUAAGUUUAAAAGCAUCUGAGAAAAUCAGAAACCCCCGAUUGAAAUUUAUUACUAAACUUAUUCGUGCGGCGAUUGAGACAAUAACAGUUAACGAAAAUGGUGAAACGCAUAUCGGGUAUAACAAUCAGGAGUGUACUGUAUGGAUUGAGAAAAUUCUCGUACUGGCUGACCUGUGGAACAUAGACAAUGAUUUUAUAAACCGGCAACAGGUUAUUGGCUUGUACCACAUGGGCUACGACAUGCUAGCAGAGAGUAUACUGACCUACGUCAAGGACCCAGAACUGUUGAUGCCGCCGCUGCUAGCCAUAUCCAUACAAAGACUAAAACGGAGCCUUGAACAUUCUUCAAACCAACCAGAAUGGAUCGUCACUAUCUCACCAAAUCUGUAUAAGCGACUUCAAAACACGGUACUGGAUACAUCGGUACCGGCCCAUCCAUCGUUGUCAACAACAGUGAUCGUACUCCAAAAAUUACUAUACCAAAUCCAUAAAAGAGUAAGCGAUUCACCCUCUAAUUUACAAAAUAUCAAAUUAACAGAACUUAUAAUUGAAAAUUGCGAAGUUCUGACUAAAAGAAAGUUGUAAAAUAGCUAUUAUUUUAUGUAACGACGACAGCACAUCAAGCUAAACACAGUGGCGUAUUAUCUCGUAAUACAGGCUAUGUUGCUACAAAAAUGUAUAGGUUGAUGUGAUGUCGAUUGUACAUAAAUAUUAUAUUUAAGAAAAUUUAAAUAUUAUGUUGAUCUACAAAUGAUUUUAUAACAUUGAUUAUUUUAGUCCUAUUUAAUAAAAUGCUGAGAGGAUUUUCUCAUUGUGCAAUUCUAGCUAGUAACAACGGUUAAGGCUAAUUUAAUUAACUAGCAGUAAAAGUACUUUAGUCGAUCUACUAUCUUCAUCCGUGUGGUUUAAAUUCGUGUUUGCAAUUGAAAUUAACGAAAUCAUUAUUAUACUUGACUAAUUUACUUUAGUUUCGAGAUGAAUUUAUCGGAUGCGUCGUAACAUUUAACAUUUUUAUAGAUAUCCCUUACUAUCUCAUCUCACGUCACGUUUAGCGUUUUCCUGUACUGUCUUCAGCCAUAUCAAUAUUAACAAUUAAAUAAACCACUGAGAUGAA